AUGGGAAAGAUCACCUUCUAUGAGGACCAAAACUUCCAGGGCCACUCCUAUGAGUGUGAUUCAGAUUGCAAUGACAUGACUUCUUAUUUUAUUCAAUGCAACUCCAUUCGGGUUGAAAGUGGCAACUGGAUACUCUAUGAACACCCUAACUACAAAGGACGUCAAUAUUACCUGAAAAGGGGGGAGUACCCGGAUUUUAAGCAAUGGAUGGGAUUCAGUGAUUCUAUCAGAUCUUGCCACCUGACUCCACAAUAUCGUGGUCCAUUUAAAAUGAGGAUGUAUGAAAAAGAAGACUUCAAAGGUCACAUGAUGGAAUUUACAGAGGAUUGUUCUGAUGUAUUUGCACAAUUUCAUUACAACGAUAUGAACUCCUGCAAUGUGCUCGAUGGUCAAUGGAUCUUCUAUGAGGAACCAAACUACCAGGGACGGCAGUAUUACCUGAGACCUGGAGAGUACAGGCAAUGCACUGACUGGGGGGCUUCAAAUGCAAGAAUUGGAUCUUUUAGACAUGUUCAACAUAAUAAAUAA